AUGGCGGACUUAAACAGUAUGAUUGAGGCGCUAUACGGGGGAAGGCUCAUCACGGAGCGGCAGGUGGCACAACUGUGUGAUCGUUGUAAAGAUCUUUUCCUUGAAGAAGGAAAUAUUGAAGUUGUUUACGCUCCUGUUACUUUGUGUGGCGAUAUUCACGGUCAGUUCUUUGAUAUGUUGGAGCUUUUCCGUCAUGGUGGUCGUGUACCAGAUACUAGCUAUGUCUUUAUGGGUGAUUAUGUGGAUCGUGGUUAUCACAGUGUGGAGACAUUAUUGUUACUACUACUAUUGAAGGUUCGGUAUCCAGAUCGUAUUACACUUCUGCGUGGAAAUCACGAAUCUCGACAAAUUACACAAGUCUACGGUUUCUAUGAUGAAUGCUACCGUAAGUAUGGCAGUGCGAAUGUAUGGCGUUUAUGCACAGAACUUUUUGACUAUAUGCCACUUUCAGCUGUGGUAGAAGAUGAUGUCUUUUGUGUUCAUGGUGGUUUAAGUCCACAGAUUGAAGUUCUUGAUGAGAUUCGUGUGCUGGAUCGUAAACAGGAGGUACCGCACGAUGGUGCGAUGAGUGAUCUUCUCUGGUCUGAUCCUGAAGAUAUGGAUGGCUGGGGUGUUAGUCCACGUGGGGCGGGAUUUAUUUUUGGCGGCGAUGUGACGAAAGCCUUUAAUCACAAGAACGGCCUCAGUCUCAUUGCCCGCGCCCAUCAACUCGUGUUUGAGGGGUAUAAAUCCAUGUUUGAUGAUAACUGCUGUACAGUGUGGUCAGCACCGAAUUACUGCUACCGCUGCGGCAACGUGGCGUCCAUUAUGAAGAUAGGCGAACACUCAAGA